CUGGGCUCCCCGAGGAUAUGGUUAGAAAGAUCGACUCCGCCCCUGGACGCCAGGCAGCUUUCUGUCCAUGGGUCUGUUCCGCCCUGGGCGGUCCCCCGUCUUAAAUCCGAGUCUGGGGAGAAUCUCGACCAAACCAUGGCGAGUCAGGGGAAGCUGAGCACCACAGGCCACGUGUUCGACGUAGUCGUGAUUGGAGGCGGCAUCUCAGGAUUGGCUGCUGCCAAACUCUUGUCUGAACAUGAAAUUAAUAUCUUGGUUUUGGAAGCUCGUGAUAGAGUUGGAGGAAGAACAUAUACUGUGAGGAAUGAGCAUGUUAAAUGGGUAGAUGUUGGCGGAGCCUAUGUGGGACCAACCCAGAAUAGAAUCUUACGCUUGUCUAAGGAGCUAGGCAUAGAGACUUACAAAGUGAACGUCUCUGAGCGCCUAGUGCAGUAUGUCAAGGGGAAAACUUACCCUUUUCGGGGAGCAUUUCCACCUGUGUGGAAUCCCUUGGCAUAUUUGGAUUACAACAACCUGUGGAGAACAAUGGAUGAAAUGGGAAAAGAGAUUCCUGCUGAUGCACCAUGGCAGGCACCACAUGCUGAAGAAUGGGACAAGAUGACCAUGAAAGAUCUCAUUGAUAAAAUCUGCUGGACAAAAACUGCCCGAGAAUUUGCUUCUCUUUUUGUUAACAUCAAUGUGACCUCAGAACCUCAUGAGGUGUCUGCUCUGUGGUUCUUGUGGUAUGUGAAGCAGUGUGGCGGCACUACUAGGAUCUUCUCAAUUACCAAUGGAGGCCAGGAACGGAAAUUUGUAGGUGGAUCUGGCCAAGUAAGUGAACAUAUAAUGAACCUUCUUGGAGAUCGAGUGAAGCUGAACUCUCCUGUAACUUACAUUGACCAGACAGAUGGCAACAUCAUUGUAGAGACACUGAAUCAUGAACAUUAUGAGUGCGGAUAUGUAAUUAGUGCCAUCCCACCAACUUUGACUGCCAAGAUCCACUUCAAACCAGAGCUUCCACCAGAACGAAACCAGUUAAUUCAGCGUCUUCCAAUGGGGGCUAUCAUCAAGUGCAUGGUGUAUUAUAAGGAAGCAUUCUGGAAGAAAAAGGACUAUUGUGGUUGCAUGAUCAUUGAAGACGAAGAAGCUCCCAUUUCUAUCACCCUGGAUGACACCAAACCAGAUGGCUCAAUGCCUGCCAUCAUGGGCUUCAUACUUGCCCGGAAAGCUGAUCGACUUGCUAAGCUACAUAAAGAAAUAAGAAAGAGGAAAAUCUGUGAGCUGUAUGCCAAAGUUCUGGGAUCUCAAGAAGCUUUAUAUCCAGUCCAUUAUGAAGAGAAGAACUGGUGUGAGGAGCAGUACUCCGGGGGCUGCUACACAGCCUACUUCCCUCCUGGGAUCAUGACCCAAUAUGGAAGGGUGAUUCGCCAGCCUGUGGGCAAGAUUUACUUUGCAGGCACAGAGACAGCAACACAAUGGAGUGGUUACAUGGAAGGAGCAGUCGAGGCUGGAGAACGGGCAGCUAGAGAGGUAUUGAAUGCUCUAGGAAAAGUUGCCAAGAAGGACAUAUGGGUUCAAGAACCUGACUCUCAGGAUAUUCCAUCGUUUGAAAUUGCCCACACCUUCUUGGAGAGAAAUCUGCCUUCUGUGCCUGGUCUACUGAAGAUGAUUGGUUUUGCCACCUCUGUGGCUACUUUCUCCAUUGUAUUGUACAAGUUCAAAUUGCUCCCACGAUUUUGAAGUUUUCACCCUCUAGUCUCCUGCCUAAUUGUCCUUAGCACCAUCACCAUCAAAAGAUUACUGGCUAUGUCAUUGGGAGCCAUUUAAGUGCACUUGAUUUAACCUUCCUCAGUUUAGUCUCAGUUUUGUCAAAGUGUCAGCAAUCAAAGAAUCACGUAGUUAACUUCAGUAAGGUCAACUUUCAUAUUGUUUGUUAGAUUAACUCAUGUUGGUAGACUAAAAUCUUGUGAGAACAGAAUUUCAUAAAGUUGAAGUGCUUGUGAAAAACAA